GUCAAUGGGGGAAUGGAUUAGCUUUAACAGGCUUUGCUUAUUUAGUAAUAUUUGAUGCCAUGGGAAUAUUCACAAUUUUUAUUUCAACAGUUUUAAUUACUUAUAGAUCGUUAAGAGAACCAACAAUUAAAAAUCCUUUUGGAGUUCAAAGAUAUGAAAUAUUAUUUGGAUUUAUAAAUAUUUUAUAUUUAUUAUUUGUUGCCUUAUAUAUAUUAAAAGAAGGCUUAGAACAUCUAUUACUGGAGACAAGUGAGGAACAUUAUGAUCAUAAUUUUGUAUUUCCAUUAUAUUGGGUUAUAUUAGCACUUGGAGUAACUUUAAUAUCAGCAAUUAAUUAUCGAAAUCACAAAGGAUUUUCUUGUCCUAUUGCAACAUCAUUAGGAAAAAUACUAUUACAAACAACUCCUGAUUCAAUAUCAAUGUAUUUAGAAGAUUAUUUGAGAGAGGCAAAUGAACAAAUUGUGUUAAAACAUGUAUAUCAAAAAUUAAGUCCUUUAUUAGUUAAUCAUAAUAAUGGCGAAAAGGAAGGUCAUAUUCUUGAUGAUGAACUUUUUGGUGUUUGUGAAAUGUUUCAAUCAACAGUAAAAAAAAACAAAGAUGUAAAAGAACAAGGCUUACCUCAAAUUCCUGAAUAUGCAGAAGAUUCUAGCAAUUCAAUAGCUACUAGAUAUGAACGCGGAGAAUUAUUGUGUGAAUCAAUUGAUCAUGUGUAUUCAGAACUUAAAAAACUUAAAUUGAAUAAUAGAGAAGAUUUGAUGAUUCGUAAACCAAAAAGUUUAUAUGAAUCAGCAUAUGGUCCAGGCGAAGGAAAAUAUAAAGGAACGAACGAAAUAGAAUCUACGGUUUAA